CAAAGACAGGAGAAAAAUCCUUUUUUUUUCCUCUUCUUUUUCUUUCCCUUUGGAUGUUGAGGCCGGUGUUGAGUUCUUCAUCCGAUCCCGCUGUAGGCUGGGUACCCCUCGUCCUCCUCGCGUUUCUGUGGGUUUUCUCGUUUUUGUUUCUCAUUUGCCUUCUCUUUGUCAAGAGCUUCUUCGUUGUCCUGUGCGACUUUCUUCCCUCCAGCAGCUUUCCAUCUCUGUGCGCCAAUCUUACUAGAUAGGAGAAUGCAAGGUCUUUGAGGUAGCGGCAUGCUGCAGCGAUGAAACUUAAAGGAGCAUCGGCUAUCUCUGCAAAAUGGAUGGUUGUGCUGUGCGUUUCCAGUUUCCUCGUCGGGAUGUUGUUUACAAACAGAAUGUGGAAUAUGUCUGAGGACUUUGAAGCUGAAGCACUCAAAGCUCCUGUUAACACUGAGCAUUUGCAGCUUGUUACCGAGAUACAAUGCGAUCCAAAGCCGAAACCAGUUACUCCUGAGCGUGAAGUCUACGUUGAGGUAUCUAAGACUCAUCAAGCUAUAAGAAACUUGGACAAAACCAUUUCUUCCUUGGAAAUGGAAUUGGCCGCAGUUCGAGCGGCUCAAGCAUCGACGAUUGGGGGUGGAGCUGCUGAGAAGCCUGCAAUGGAGAAAACCGGCGAAGCCAGGCAAAAAGUUUUCGUUGUGAUUGGGAUCAAUACGGCUUUCAGCAGUCGGAAAAGAAGAGAUUCCAUUCGUGAGACUUGGAUGCCUACUGGUGAAAAACGGAAGCAGCUAGAACAAGAGAAAGGCAUUAUCAUAAAAUUUGUAAUUGGUCACAGUGCAACGCCUGGAGGGAUUCUCGACAACGCUAUUGAAGCAGAAGAUGCUCAACAUGGAGACUUUUUGAGACUGGUACACGCCUUUCUUUUCCUUUUCUCUUUAUUCUUUCUCUCUUUAUUGUUGUUUCCAGGCAUGCUCACUGUCACUCUGGCUCGGCAUAGAUCCAAGCCUCGCGCCUACAUUGGAUGUAUGAAGUCUGGACCUGUCCUGGCUCAAAAAGGAGUGAAGUAUCACGAACCCGAGUAUUGGAAAUUCGGCGAAGACGGCAAUCGGUACUUUAGGCACGCCACUGGCCAAGUUUAUGCGAUUUCCAGGGACUUGGCAACGUACAUCUCCAUAAACCAGCCUAUUUUGCAUAAGUAUGCGAACGAGGAUGUUUCUCUGGGCUCCUGGUUCAUAGGCCUGGACGUGGAUCAUAUUGACGAUCGUAGUUUUUGUUGUGGAACUCCUCCAGAUUGUGAGUGGAAAGCUCAAGCAGGGAGUGUUUGUGUUGGAUCUUUCGAUUGGACGUGUAGCGGGAUUUGUAGAUCAGUCGAGAGGCUCGGCUUUGUUCAUCAGCGCUGCGGAGAGGGGGAUAGUGCUGUGUGGAACGCAGUUUUAUAG